AUGUCGUUCCUUCUGAAUAAAAUGGCAGAACAUGCAGGUGAAGCUGUGGCUGAUGGGAUAAAGGGUGUAUUUGGCAUAGAUGACGACAAGGACAAGAAGAAAGACAAAGAUGGUGGCUUUUUGUCAGUUUUCAAAAGGGAUAAAAAUAAGGAUAAGGACGAGGACGAUGACCACAAAGGAGGGCUGUUCUCUUUUGGAAAAGACAAAGACAAAGGCAAAGGCAAAGACAAGGACAAGGACAAAGGCAAAGGCAACUUCUUCCCAAAAAUAUUUAAUAAAGAUGACGAUGAUGAUGUCGGAGAGAAGGUCCCCAAGAAGACAGGCUUUGCAGGACUGUGGACAGAGCAGGACCAGGCGGGUGCAGGGAGGCCAGACGACGGGGCCUGUAAUCACAUGUCAGAGGGGGAUCUGGACAUGAUGAGUGACCUGAUGCAGGUGGCCAAUGAACAGUCCUGA